AGCCAUUGCAUUAGUUAUCGAACCUUAUUGAAAAACAAGCCAAUUGAACUCUCCUAGAAUAUUAACGAGGGAAAACUGCAACAGUAAUUGUAAAUAACUUUGUUUCAGUUAGAAGCAUUGCAUUUCUAUUCGAGCCAACCAGGUAAAACUAUGUCCGAGGACAGUGAUUCUGUAGCCGACCAUGAAGUCGAUGAAACAAUGGAAAGCCAAAAUACAAUCCCCCUGCUACCAACGCACAAGCGUCAGAGCUUCGUCUGGAGGUUCUUUAGUCCAGUGCCUGACCACUCGAAUGUGUUUAGAUGUACAGUGUGCAACGAAACCUUUGCCAACAGAACAACCAACCUAAGCAGGCACUUACAAGCAGUGCAUGGCCUAGCGGAGCAUCAUCAACAGGAUGCAGUCAAGAAAGGUCGACCGAAUCGCAGUUUCGUCUGGAAUUUUUGCACCAAGCUGGAUGAGAAGCGUGCUCUGUGCCACAUAUGUAAAAAAGUGUUGUAUUUUGGUGGUGGCAAUACUUCUAACAUCACAAAACAUUUGAGGCGCAUGCAUUCUGAAAAACUGGAGGAAGUUGCCAAGCAAAUGCCAAUCAACGUGCGUUGGUCCAUGGAACAUUCAUCCAAAAAGGAGCGCAGAGGUUCCAGCUAUGUAUGGAAUCAUUGCGAGAAGCUGACAAACGAUACAGUCCUUUGCACAAUAUGCAAUCGUCGCAUGCGAUUCCAUGGCACGGCCAAUGUUAUAACCCAUCUGCAACGCCGGCACGGCAUUAUAGACGAAACGACGCCGGUGAAAAUCGAAACUCCCGAUAAAGUGCAAGAAGCAGCCACGUCCAGCACAAAUGAGAAUCCGCGUAGGAGCAACAUGAGCGCCAGCCUGGUCUGGCGAUACAUCACACGCAUUUCUGAUGAUACUGUACGCUGUCGCGUUUGCCUCAAGAAUCUAUCGUAUCAGGGCACAAGCAAUCUACAACGACAUCUGCAUCGUAUGCACAAUAUUGUGUGGAACGCACAAGAGUCAAAUGGGCGGAUCAAAGCUGAAGCCCUUGAAUUUGAUGAUAGCUCAUUUUUCGCUUUUUGCGAAUCCACCAACGAUCCCUCCGUAUGGAAGUGUCAAAUGUGCGAGGAGCACUUCGUGCAAUCCGACAAAGUGGAGGACAUCAUAAGCAAGCACAUGAUUAAGAUCCAUAGCGCGGCAAUGCGCGGAGAACCGAAUGAAGAUUUCGCUCCCACGGAAGAGGAGGAUGAAGAGUUUGCCGCCCUCUAUACGGAAGUUGUCGGUGAAGGUAACAAUGCGACUGUUGCCGGUGAAGUCAGUGAGCAGGUGAAGCUAUCAAAUGCCAUUGCCGAGGAUGCGCUCUACGAUGAUCUGAUUGAAAUUGAUGAAGAUAUGCAGAAUGUUGAAGAGUCGGGCGAAAAUGUUGUUUCCGAUUACAGCAAUGACAGCACGGAUGCCCAGCUUGUGACAACAACCAUACAGGCAGACGAUACGCCGGUUAUGCGUGAGCUAAAGGAGGAUCUGUUACGUCAACAAGCGAUGUAUUUCAGCGAGAAGGCUGGCUUCUAUCGCAUGCAAAAGUUUCUAGUGGCGCAACAGGUGCUCAAAGAGCGCCUGGAAAUUGAGAAGCUCAAAGCUGGACAGGGACAGCAUCAAGUUAGCUAGUUGCUAAAACUUCAAAAUCUUUAUUACUACGAACCCUACUGACCUUUUCUUUUUAUAUUUAAGUUUAAUGUAAUUGUAUUUCAAAUUGUUACAUAGACCAUCUAACAUUAUUGUUUAAUCAUAAAUAACAAAUUAAUUGUGUGCAAGGGGCCCUGGCGAACUCUCUAAAUUAGUUACCGUCAACUACAUUCAUGUCAAGUAAAAGCUUCUUCGUUUGCAGAUCAA